UCCUGCUCUGUGUCCUUCUGAUAAACUGGGUUGAACCGAGUGAACCUGAUAAUCCGUAGGCUGCUUUGUUAUUAAUAAUUAUAAUAAUCCAUCGGUCAUGCUUGUGCCCAUAUGGAGGUCAGUGUUGUGCUCUCUCUGGAUUUGUGCUCUGAUCCUGGAGUUUGGACACUGUCAAGGAGAUGCCGAAGAACCAAAGACGACCUCUGGGAAGAAGCCCAAGGCUCCUAAAGCUAAGCUAGGAAAGGAGACAAAGAAAGGCCCAAGGGCCGUCGUGGCUAAAGCUAAGGUCAAAGCUACGGCCCCAGCACAGACCCUACUAACACAGGUGCUGAAGAAGGGCCGGUUCCAGCGGGUGGGGGACACACUCACUGUGCGGGCCGGAGAUGCUCUGGAGCUCAGGUGUAAAGGCACACCUGUCCAGUGGAGCGUACCCCCCUAUCUGGAGGAGGAUAAUGAGGGGAGGCUAAGAACGGUCCAACACCAGAGAUACGGGACGCUGUCUCUGGUCAACAGCACGGGGGCCGAUACAGGGGAGUACACCUGCUACCCCAUGUACUGCGAGGAGACUGACUGUAGGAAGGAGUACGACAAGGCCGUCAACGUCUUCGUCUUCUUCGCUGAUCCACAGGAGCUGUUUGUGCCGUCGUCCAACUACUACGAGGUGAUCCAGCUCCGUACCAACUGGCCCACGCGGCUGCCCUGCCAGGUGACGUCCCCCGGGGCCGCGGUGUCCCUGCACCGGGAGUUCCCCCCGGCCGAGGUGCCGGUGGACGGGGCGGAGAUCACCUUCAGCACCCGGGGGGGCUUCACCAUCCACCGGCCGCGGCCCCAGCACGCCGGCUCUCUGUACUGCGUGGCCAGCUUGGGGAACCUCAGGCAGGCCUCCACCAAGUACAUGCUGAUCUACGUCAACUACCCCAUGGCGGUGCCGGCCCCUGCGAUCGAGGCCUCGAGCAGCUCCCUGACGGCGGGGGACAACCUGAGGGUCAGCUGCACCGUGGUGGGGGAGACCGAGGUGGCCAUAGACUUCACCUGGGAGUACCCUGGACAGCAGAUCGGCAGGCCGUUGUACACCCAGGAGAUCAGGACCCCCGUGGCAGGGGGUCCAGGGGCCAGGCAGAAGAUCCAGUCCGUGCUGCUGGUGGACGAGGUGAGGGAGGUGGACCACGGGACGUACACCUGCACGGCGGAGAACCUACAGGGGGCCAAGUCCACCUCCACCACGGUUCAAGUGGCGGCCAAAGCUAAACUCAAGAAGAAACCUCAGUGAUGUAUCCUGGAGUGGAGGCUGAUGGGAGUGAAGAGAAACAGAGAGGGAAGGGAGGAGAGUGAGAUGUUUAUAUAAGAGGGAGUAAGGGCGAUCAUUUUAUAGUAAACUGCACUGGCUAUAGUCACCUAAAGAGAUAGCCUACCUUUAUUAUAUAGCAACAAGUAUGCUCUGAUCGA